AUGGCAAUUAAAACAAUUUUCCUUACCGGUCUGUUGACUUUCAAGGAUGUGUCUGUGGACUUCGCCCAAGAGGAGUGGCAAUGCCUGGACUCUUCUCAGAGGGCUUUGUACAUUGAUGUGAUGUUGGAGAAUUACAACAACCUGGUCUAUGUGGAGAACUAUUACAUGUGUGAUCCUAUCCAUCAACAUGGAAAGACUGAAAAGGAGUCUUGUAAGUGUAAUCAGUUUGGCAAAAUUCUUCAUGAUCCCUCCACAUGUGCACUUUUUCAAAUGAGUGAAACAUCAGAAAACUCUAAUGACUAUACAUGCAGUAGUCAGAGGGAUGCCUUUCUUGACUUUUCAAACACAGAUAAACAUGAAAGUAUGCACAGUGGAGAAGAACCUUGCAAUUCUAAAGACUUUGAAAAACCCUUAAAUUUGAGUUCCAGAAUGACUGAUGAUCAGAGACUCUACACUAAAAAGAAAGAACACAGGGAGGGAGAAUAUGAUCAAUGUUGUGACACUACAAAUACUCUUUUGCCACAACCAAAACACAUUGGAGAGAAACAACACCAGUGUGGGAUUUGUAAGAAAUGCUUCAGUAGUGCCAAAUACCUCACUGUACAUCAAAGAAUUCACACAGGAGAGAAGCCUUACACGUGUAAGUACUGUGACAAAUCCUUUAUUAUGAAGUCAAGUCUUACAAAACAUGAGAGAAUUCAUACUGGCGAGAAGCCUUACACAUGUAAGGAAUGUAACAAGUCCUUCAAUGUGAGCUCAAAUCUUUCAUUGCAUAAGAGAAUUCAUACAGGAAAGAAACCCUACAAAUGUAAGGACUGUGACAAAUUGUUCACUACAAGUUCGAGUCUUACACUGCAUAUCAGAAUUCAUACAGGAGAAAAGCCUUAUACAUGUAAGGACUGUGACAAAUCCUUCAGUACAAGGUCAAGUCUGACACUGCAUCACAGAAUUCAUACAGGAGAAAAGCCUUACAGAUGUAAGGAAUGUGACAAAUCCUUUACUGUGAGGUCAACUCUUACAGAGCAUCAAAGAAUUCAUACAGGAGAGAAACCAUACACAUGUAAUUACUGUGACAAAUCCUUUACUGUGAGGUCAACUCUUACAGUGCAUCAGAGAAUUCAUACAGGAAAGAAGCCUUAUAAAUGCCAAGAAUGUGACAAAUAUUUUAUUACAAGCACAUGUCUUAGCAACCAUCAGAAAAUUCAUACUGGAGAGAAAUCUUACAAAUGUGGAAAAUGUGGAAAAUCUUUCACUACAAGCACAUAUCUUAGAAAACAUAAGAAAAUUCAUUCUUGA